AGAACAAUAAUGAUAACAAAACCUAUAUAAGACGAGAAUGAACAAAACAGUACACAUUUGGGACAUCUGGCAUUCUUCAAAAUGGCUUUCAAAAUCGCUUGCGUUGUUCUUGCACUAGCCGUGGCAGCUUCUGCUGUGCCAUAUGGUUACGGCGGUGGCGGUCACAGCCACGGUAGCCAUGGCGGAAUCGUACCAGACAGUGGUUUCGGUCAAGGAGGCCAAGGUGGUUUCGGUCCACAGAGUGGUUUCGGACAACAGGAUGGAGGGUUUGGACAGCAAGGUGGAUUCGGACAAGGUGGCCAUGGACAACAAGGUUUCGGACAAGGCGGCCAUGGACAGCAAGGUUUCGGACACGGCGGCCAUGGACAGCAAGGUUUCGGACAAGGUGGCCAUGGACAUGAAGAUUUUGGACACGGCCAUGGACACGACGAUUUCGGACCGGGUGGAUUCAGUGGACAUGGGAGCCAUAAUAAUUUAGGACGUGAUGGCCAUGGACAACACCACGGUGGAUACCAAACACACGGCUAUUAGAUGUUGUUAUCUAGUUAGGUUAAUUUAUAGAUAGUAAAUGAGUUAUUUAAAAA